AUAAAAACUGUACGCGUAUUUAUAAACACGUGUUAUACACGAAAUUUAUGUCGGAUUAUCGUUAUCGAUCGGUUAAUAAGCAAUCAUCUAUUGUUUGUACCGAUGCGCGACAUUUAAUCUACACGAUUCUUGGAUAACGCCCUUAACGAUAAUAUUCGUAAAGAUCGAAUUCCAAACGAAGAUUAUUGGACGAUUAACAAUGAUACAAUCGAACAUUGUUUUUGAUAUAUUUACUACCUUCUGAGUGUUAAGAUAGCGUUCGAUACGCAUGACGUCUAAAGUAACUAUGUUUUUUUCCUGUUCAGGAAUGUUUUUUCUGGCGAUUAUGAACAUCAACGCCGAAGAGACAACUGUGUUGACAUCUUAUUCUACUUCAACAAAAUCUUCGGAACCAACCACUACACCGGCUUUGUAUACGAUUUCGACGUUUUCUGCUUUAUUUGAAGUCCCAAACACAACAUAUGACUCCGUUACCAACAAAAAUAUCCCAUUGGUAAACACCGCCAAUGUCCAAGAGAUUACCACCACCAAUGUGCUAUUGGUUAAUACAACGUAUGGCCCGACACUGAAAACCACCGAUGCCCCAAUGUUUAACAACACAGAUUUCCAAAUAGUGUCAGAAAUAAACACUACAGAAAGUCCGAAGGUUGCAACCACAGAUGACUUUCGAUCCGUAUUACUUGACAGCAAGUCGACGAGUACAUUCUUAGCUGAAGAGACAACUGUAUUGACAUCUUAUUCUACUUCAACCACAUCUUUGGAACCAACCACUUCACCGACUUUGUCUACGAUUUCGACGUUUUCUGCUUCAUUUGAAGUCCCAAACACAACAUAUAACACAGUGGUUACCAACAAAAAUAUCCCAUUGUUUAACACCGCCAAUGUCCAAGAGAUUACCACCACAAAUGUACUAUUGGUUAAUACAACAUAUGGCCCGACGUUGAACACCACCGAUGGCACAAUGUUUAACACCACAGAUUUCCAAAAAGUGCCAAAGGUAAACACUACCGAAGGUCAGAAAGUUACCAGCACAGAUGACGUUCGAUCCGGUUUACUUGACAGCAAGCCUACGAGUACAGUCCUAGAGUAUCUAGCUGUGGGUGGAGGAGUCGGUGUUACAAUCGGCAUCAUGUUAGCCAUUGGAAUCGUAGCUGGUGUCAUCGCGUGCCACAUGAAAAGAAAACAAAAUCCUACACGAACAUUAGACAAAAGCUGCCAAACAUGCGAUGGAAUACUUGAACAUGUUUAUGACAUCAUUGAUGACAGGCAAGAAAACGCUGUCAGUUACCGUGUACUGGAAAGAGAUGCAGAUUCCCAUAACAGCCAAGUUCAUGCUUAUAUUACCCCAAAACAUGUACAUUAUGAACAUGGUAGUGCCGGAGGAUGCAGUUCAGAUUCAUAUCAUACGUCGGAUGAGCAAGCUUCAAAUAUCAAUUUUGACACCAAUUACGUGAACACCAACAGGUUUACAUAAUACGAGUAAAUGAUCAGGCCAUAAAUCAAUGCAGACAAUGUGCAUGCAAUGUAUUGUGGUUUUUGUCUCAUGAGUGAAUGAACAAGUAGUGUGAUGGAAAAGAGAAGGAUUCACAAAGUUAGUCCGUGUAUACGACAUGAAUUUCGAAAUGCGUAUAAUAUUGUCCGAUUUGUCAUGAAGAUUAUAUAUUGUUUACUUAUGAGAUAAAGCAUUCGACAUCUUCAACAAUCUUGCUUUGAAAGUCUGACGUUUGAUAAAAAAGAAUAUGUGGCCAUUGGAUUUAGCGUAUGCUGACAUUAAACUGCUGGUAAGGUUUAGGGUUUAUUCCCACUUCGGAUGAGUUUAUGGCGUAAAAUAAUUACAAAAUCAAGUAAUACGUUUUCAUAUUGGCUUGCUAUAAGAAGAGUCUCAUCCAUAUUCUCAGCAUAAUUUCUGCUUAUACAGCUCCAAUUACUGAAUAUAAUGUUGUGAUUUGAUGGUUGGAGUAAGUUUUAUAUCAGCGCACGACGUCUCACAAUAUUGACAGAUUAGCUUAAUGCAUGCACUCA